AUGGCUCAGAAGCGGAAUCAAGAACACGCAAAUGGAAUCAAUGUAUUUUAUAAAACUGCCAAAAACCUAAAAACACAUUAUAACGUUUGGUGCACCAGUCAAGUUGCUGUACGAUCCAUCAGAAAUGACGACAAAGUAACGUCGACAAGGCGACAACAGCUACAAUCACCAGUCACGUACGGCGACGGAAGUUUCCCAUCGAGUAUGAAAGGCUUGGAGCCUUUACCUAUCGAGGGUGGUAUUGGCCCGUCGCACACUGGUAAUGCUUGUGGACCAGUAUUCCACAAGUAUUAUUUGUUCGGUUUGCCACAACAGGACAGUGUCGUCAGUACAUCAAAAGAAGCUGACGAGAACGGCCAGCCUAGGGUUGGCCGUCUGAUUGAUCGAAAUCUAAACGCAGGAAGCAACAUCGGGCGUAUCAUAACGGCAUACACUGAUACCGACGGCGAUCCAAACUCGCGACCUCCCAUUUUGCGCCGUCCCAACUACAGAAACAGAGUCAUCGAUAAUGUUCUACAGGAGGAAGAACUCCAGGAAGAUGUAGUAGCAAGUGACGAAGAAGAAGAAUAGCCGAAGAAGAUGAAACCUUUGCCAGUGAAG